UGACACUCUGAAUUUGUGAAGCCCUUUUUGUUUGUCACUAAAUACUACUUUUAGCUACAGCUACAACAGAAUCAAUUUCCUCUUCUCUAACAAAAUCAAUUUCCUCUUUUUCAAUACAAAAUCGAUUUUCCUCUUCUUCACGGCAAAUUUUGAUUUUCCUCUUCAAUCAUGAUUCAUGUUUCCUCUUAACCGUAAAUUGAAGGUCGGAACCCUAAAUUGGUGAAUCUACAGCUAUAGAUGCUCUAUCGUGUGAACACUCAUUUGAACAUAGAAUUGUGAUCUUGAAAAAAAUAGUGGAAGAGAUUUUGGAUGUGGAGCAAACAGUUCUUUAUGGAUGGUGAUGUUAUCCUCGAUGUUUCUUUGUUGGUGUUCUAAAACUUCAUCGAAUAAGUAUGUGGCAACUGAGCUGACAUCUGACAUAGUCAUUAAUGUCGGGGAUGUAAAAUUUUAUCUGCAUAAGUUUCCACUUUUGUCGAAAAGUUUACGCUUGCAGUUGGUUUCGAACACAAGCGAGGAGAACGAUGAAGUUCAUAUCCACGACAUUCCCGGAGGACCCGUUGCUUUUGAAAUAUGUGCCAAGUUCUGUUAUGGUAUGGUGGUCACUCUAAAUGCAUACAAUGUGGUUGCAGCUCACUGUGCAGUAGAGUAUCUUGAGAUGUACGAAACUGUUGAAAAGGGAAAUCUUUUCUUCAAGAUUGAAGUUUUCCUCAACUCCAACAUUUUCAGGAGCUGGAAAGACUCGAUUAUCGUUCUACAAACAACCAAAUCUCUUCUUCCAUUGUCAGAUGAGCUUAAGGUGGUGAGCCAUUGUAUUGAAUCCAUAGCUACCAAGGCUUCGAUGGAUACAUCGAGGGUGGAGUGGUCAUACACAUAUAACAGGAAAAAAACUCCCAUCUGAAAAUGGGAACGGUCUACAUUGGAAUGGUGUGAGGAAACAACUAAUGUUUCUGAAGGACUGGUGGGUGGAAGACCUUUGUGAGCUUUAACUCGAUCUCUAUAAGCGAGUCAUGUCAUAGAUUAUGAGCAAUGGAAUCGUUUCUGGUGCAGUAGUUGGAGAAGCUCUUAGUAUAUUCUAUUCCACAUCUUGCAGAUGACAAUUUUGGUUGUAAGCCAUGGGGAUCCCCUGCAAAUCUUGCAGUUAAUUCUGCUUGCAGCUAAUAAACACAAGGGUUCCUGUUAUGAUGACUUAGCUUCCAUUUUAAAGGCAGUUCAGGUGGCACCGAUCUUGUCCCAGCACCGCCAAUAUGCACUGUGUAACGUCCUAAUUUCAAGGUUUAGAAUUAAUUACAUAAUUAUCUUUGGGAUUAGGCUAAUUCAACCAAAUUAAAUAAUAAGAUAAGACGAUAAUCUUAGCUUUGUUUCUAUUUAUUUAUUUAUCUAUCUACUUAUUGUUUGU